GAGAAGUGGGGGGAGGUUCAAACAGGAAAGGAUGUAUCGGGGAAUUGGUUGGAACAAAAGUGGUCAAAUGUGCCUUAUGUUGCUGAAGUGAAAAUUAGGAACCAGCAAGACUGGGAGUGCUGGUCGUACCUGAAAAAGAUGGAGUCCUCAGUAGCAACAGGAGGAGAACAAUUUGCCACAUCUGUUUCUGAGUAUGAUGCUGUCACAGAGGGACAGAAUCCCUGCAUCUCUCCCUCAUACCUGCAACCCAAGCAGAAAACCAGCUGGGAAGAGAAUGCCAAGCUACUGGGAGAGAGCACCUCUCCUUGCAAGCUUGUGCCUUUGUCCAAUGUGAAUGAGGGAAUUGUAUUGCAGCAGCAGCAGCAAAAAGAUUUACCCCUGAAGAUAACCAUGGUGAAAUGUAAGACUGGGCUUCCUGACUCUCAGCUGCAGGGUUAUCUGAGAGGACAACUUCGUCUUCUGGAAAACGAUGACAAAAAAGCCAGGGCAGUUUUCUGUGAGUUGUCUGCCAGGCUGCUGUCCAUUCACAGUGAAGACCAACUAAUAGUGGUGACAUUUUGGACCUUUGAAGAAAUCUGGAAGUUUGUAACUUAUUAUUCCCUUGGUUUUUUAAAUCAUUGUAUGGAGAAUCUGUUGCUAGAUGACUAUUUCUGGCUCUCUUCAUCAGAGGAAUCAGUUGGAAUUGAUGUCAGUCUUGAUGAGGAAUGUCUUGGUAUGAUAUACAGAGGCCUCUUAAUUCAAGAAGGUAAUUGUCCGGAAAUACUAAAUAUUCAUGGAAUUAAAUUACACGAUGAUCUCUGGGAACAAAUGUUGAAUUUUCCAUAUUACAAAAUGCUAUGGCGUAUGGCCCCUGAAGAAAUGGGGGGGAACCUGGCUAAGGGCUUUCCAGAGCCCCUGAUCCCUUUUCAUCAAUGGUUUCUGAAAGAAAACACAGAGCCUGCUGAUUUUGCUGUAAAAAAUGAAUCUGCAGUCACAGAUCAAAUAGCCACAGGAUUUUCUGUAGCAAUUGUUAGCAAUGAAAGUGCUGUGCCUGAGGAAAUUGGCUUCCAGAAAGGAGACAGAAUUGAAAUCAUUGGCUACUUUAUGAAAUGCAUGAAGUGGUUUGUGGGAAGACAUGCCCCUACUGGCCAAGUUGGUUUUGUGCAGAGUAGCCAUGUCAAACCUGAAGACUUUGAGACGACUGCAGCAGAGUACCGACCACCAUGCCUGGCUUUCUUUGAAGAUGAGCAUUCUUCUGCAAAAGAAAAUGCCCUUUUGGAAGAAAAUGUGGUGAACCUCUUGGCACAAACAUCACAUUAUAACAUUUGCAAUUUAUAUCAAUUAGAUCGCCAAGAAGAUUUUGAAUUUGAGAAAUCUACCGAGCGAGAGAUGUCUCAUUCCUUCCUUAACAAGCAUUCUGGCACAAUGAAAGACAAUAUGGUGCAGUCCCUGAUAAAAGUGAGAAGCUCGCAGUUUCACAGGGAAGAGGUCAAGGAUAAAAAAAGGCCAUUCUCUGCUUCGGAUGAGGAGAUGCCUUCUAAAUCCCAGGAUCCACACUUCUGCAUAUGCCCAGAGGAUGGAGUUUGUGGGCCAGAAAUCCUGGAUUCCUUACUGUUGUUUCUGAACUGCAAAGGAUAUGAGAGCAGUUUCAAAAACAUAUACGACCUCUCAUUUUCCUUUCUUAGCACCCUAUUCCAUGGCUAUGCCAGCGAGGAAGAUCUGGUUGAUUAUUUUGUACUGGCAAGGGAAGCGGCAAAACGAGCAAGUCUGCCAAGGGCUUUGGCGAGGCUCUGCUAUCUCUUGGGGAGAAUGAGUGUCCGGAAAUUCAAGCUUUCUCAAGCUCGAGUUUAUUUUGAAGAAGCUUUGGCAACAACACUGGGAGAUUUUAGUGACCUCUUCCUCAUAGCUUCUCUUUAUACAAAUCUAACUGGUAUCUACCUGAAGCAAAAGAACAAGGAAAAAUGUGCUUGCUUUUUUGAAAAGGUUGCUUCUUUGCUUAUGGGAAUUCCCAACUACAUCAGCAGCACCAGAAUGGAAUCAGAUAUUCUGAAGUACGCUUUAAAAAGGGCAGUGCUUAGUCAAAGCAAGUAUGCAGAAGCUAGAGCAUGCUUCCUUCUAGCAAAGCACUAUCUGAACUUUCGCCAGGGUGAAGAAGCCCUGCCAUUUCUAGAAAGGCUGCAGCUUCUGAAUAAUGCCUUGGGUUUGCAAAAUGGCUCAUUGUCAGUUGAUUGCUAUUUUAAGCUAGGUCCACUCUACAGUGAGAAGUGUUUGCCCCACCUUGUGCUAAGCUGUGUUAAGGUGGCCGCCUCUUGCAGCUCAUGCAGUUUGCUGGAGUUAUUCAGAAGCAUUGACUUAGUAUUUAAAAAUGCUCCCAAAGUCCACUGUUUGAAAACUGUGGGACAAAGACAUCCCUCCCAGACUGCGUAUUAUCUCAGACAAGUACUCCACUUGCUAGAGACCAGCAAAGAACACCCAAAGUUGUGCAGCAUGGUUUGUUGCAAUCUGUCUCUACUAUAUAGCCACCACAAACAGUACGGAAAAGCAAUCGACUACAUGGAGAAGGCAAUAGAUACAAAUGCACAUUCAAGCAGUGAAGAACUUAUUGGUCAUUUAGUCUCCCUCAGUUGGCUGUAUAUUCUCCACCAACAAAACACUGUGGCUCUGGACAUUUUAAAUGUUGUAGUAGAGUCUACACAGAGCAGUCACCAGCAGUUAGGUAUUGUUUAUAACAUGACUGCCAUUGUUUUAAAGAGAAUGAACAAUACCAAGCAGGCAGCUGAAAGCUACUAUAAAGCCCUGAGCAUUUCAAGAGAGAUGGGAAUAGUACAUAAUCAGGCUGUGGCUUUGGCCAACCUUGGGAUUCUCUGUCUGCAUUCAGCUGCCAGAAGUCUUGGAGAGCAUUUCUUAAUUAAAGCAGUCACACUGUUUUCUGAACUGCCAAGUGUUGAAUGUGGCAGAGAUUUUAUAGACAUCCUUCUCAGGCUAGGAUGCUACUAUGCCAAUGGAAUUUAUAAAGAUAAAGGGAGAUGUUGUUAUGAAUGGGCAUUUUUGGUAGCAAUGGAAGCAAACCAUUUGGAAGGGCAGCUACGGGCCGUUCAGCAUCUGUGUCAGUUCUACAGUACAGUCCUUCCAGAUGAAGCUCUGUGUGUCGUCUACAAUGAGUAUCAACUCUCCUUAGUUAGGAAAACAUCCGACAAAGUCAUGGAGGGGCAGAUACUGGAAACGAUCAGUCAGCUGUAUCUAUCUUUAGGCACAGAAAGGGCAUACAGAUCUGCCCUGGAGUACACCAAAAGAAGCCUUGGAAUAUUCAUUGAUCUUCAAUCAAAAGAGAGGGAGGCACAGGCUUGGCUUCAGGCAGGAAAGAUAUAUUACAAAUUGAGGCAGAACGAGCUUGUAGAUCUUUAUAUCCAGGUUGCCCAAAAUGCUGCUCUGUGUACUCACGAUCCUAAUUUGCAAAUGGAAUUGUUUGAAGCUUCAGGAGACAUAUUUUUUAAUGGAGAAUGGGAAAAGGAAAAAGCAGUGCCUUUCUACAGGGACAAGGCUCUACCACUUGCUAUUAAGAUGAAGAACAGCAGUGCUGAGCUCCGACUCUUCAACAAACUGGUGGGAUUGCUGUUAACUCUAAAGGUGUAUGAGGAAUGUCUGGAGUAUGCACAAACAGCGUUAAUGCUCAGUGUCAAUUUAGGGAAUCUGUUAAAUGAAAGGAUAGCCUAUCACCGGCUGGCUGUUGUCUACCAUCAUCUAGGGCAAUGUGAGCUUACUGAGCACUUCUUCUUAAAAGCCUUGUCUCUCUGCCCCUCACCUCUUGAGUUUGAUGAGGAAGCCCUAUACUACGUAAAAGUGUACCUUGUUCUUGGAGACAUUACAUUCUAUGACUUAAAGGACCCUUUUGACGCUGCUGGAUACUAUAACUUGGCCCUUGCAGCUGCCAUGGACUUGGGAAACAAAAAGGCUCAACUGAAGGUUUACACAAGACUUGCGAUAAUUUACCACAACUUCCUGGUGGACCGAGAGAAGUCUCUCUACUUCUACCAAAAGGCAAGAGCCUUCGCCACAGAGCUCAAUAUUCGCAGAAUAAAUCUAGCCCCUGAUCAACGUCUGAGGGCAUCAAGGGCACCGUUGAAAAAUGCCAAGUGAGGACUUGACAUCAGGGGACUUUGUGCUGAGAGCAAAUUGUAACAUAGUCUUUUGCAUGUGAAAUGGUACACGGCGCAUAGGGUUACUGACCUGAAUGCGGCUACUUUAGCUCUUGCAUACAGAAAUGUGUUUGCAAAUGUGUCUUCUGUCCCCAAAUGAGCAGCUGUAUAGGGUCCAGUGAAACGAGAGCAAAAGGUUCCUGGAGAGCUUUGGCAACAAUCCAUCUUACAAGCAGAUUUUGGACCAAAUUGUUCACAUACUAACUGUUGGAAACAGAGGAAUCUUAAAAUACGAUUAACUGAAAUAAUAAAGAUACUGACUGACUAAUCCUUAAACUUCUCAUGCUCCCUCUGUAAUUAGUAUGAAUGUUCUGGGAUGUGAUUGUGAAAUAUUUGUUUCCAAGUGGGGCUCGGGAAGAAAAUGUUGUAAUAUAUCCCAUUCACAUCUAUACCUGAGCUAGUGUGUGAGCGAGCUGAAAACAAGUUGACAUGAGACAAAUGUAAAAUGACAGAAUAAUGAAGGAGUAAGCGAAGGAACAAGGCAAAUUUUGAGCUGGUGCAAAUUGUCCCUGUGUCUCUCUC